GGGUCAGGGGAAGUCCUGGACCCUUCACCCCCAAACUGGGGAAGCCCUUUGGGAACUCCCCACUGGCCUCAAUCUGUACUCCCAAGACUAGAUUGGACUCCAGCAUCAUGGCUUCCAGCCCCCUGCCCAACCCACUGGGUUUCUACUCCCCUCCCAGGGCUGGGAGAGAACCCAGGCAUCCUGGCUCAUAUACACAGUGCUGUGUGUGUGGCCUCGUGAUGUGUUGUGUAUCAUGGGAUUACUGCCUGUUGCAUUGUGCGCUGCCUUGCAGUGUGUGUGUGUCAAUCCCACAUGGCACUUUGUACUGUAUUCCAGGACCUGCCUGAAUGCUGUUGUGUAAUUUGUGUUGUUGUGUUUCUGCUCUCUGGAAUGGGGCAGGAUGAUGAUUCACUUUGUGUACUCAGUGUGAGUAUGAGACGUGGGUUGUGGAUAUGCUCCACUUGGCAUGAGUUCAUUCCAUGUGAGGUUGCAGUCUUGUUGUGAAAGAUUGUGUUUAUUCCACAUUUUGUGGGAGUACAUCAUUGCAGGGCGGUGUGAUGCCUGUGUUAUUACACGAUGGAUGUUGUUUUGGGUUGUAUAGCUGGACUGUACUUUCAGGCUGCUGGUAUGUGUGUGUUGGGCUGCGUGGGGAACUACAUAUGUGUUGGUACUGUGCUGUGUGGGGAACUGCUGUGGAGUUGUGCUGCGCUGUACUGUGUAAGGUGUUACUGUCCAAUUGUAUGCGUGCCAGCACUGUGUUGUGCAUGCUCCUGUGGAGUUGUAGUUUACCAUGUAGGAUUGUGUACAUGCUGGGGUUGUUACUGCAGGGUUGUGUUGAGGGGUGCCGAGCCAUAUGUGUAUGGGUGUCAAGAGGUGUGUGGUGCUACAGUGUAGUUACAUGCCAGUGUUGUGUUGUUUUGUGUGUAUGUGUACUCUGCUGUGUGUGUUGCAAUAUCUAGAGCUGUGUAUGUGUCCACAUAGGCGUUGUGCUGCUCUAUGGCACCGUGUAUGUGCUGGGGUUGCAUGGUGCUGUUGUGGAUGCUAUGCUGCUGUAAGGUUGUGCUGGGCUGUGUGGGGUGGUGUUGUGUUGUUCUAUGUGGGUUGUAUGGUGUUGUGAGGUUGUGUCCCAUUGUGUUGUAGGGUUGCAUUGCGUUGCACGGUGCCAUAUGGUGCUGCAUUGUGGGCGUUGUGUGGAGUGGGUAUGUGCUGAGAUUGUGUUACUGUAAGUGUGCAUUGUGUGGUGUUGCCCUGGGCUUGGGCCGUGCGAUGUGGGGCUGUAUACCUGUCAGAGUUGUGUGUUGUUGUGGAGUUGUGCCAUGCUGUGGGUCUGUGUGGAGGGUGUUGUGUGGGGCUAUGUGCUGGUGUUGUGUCGUGUAGUGGGUGGUAUAUUGUCUUGUGGGGUGGGGAUGUCAGGGUUGUGUGCUGUAGUGUUGCCGUGGGGUUGUGCGGUGAGGUGCGCUGCCGUGAGGCGGGGCAGAGGCUGGGCCGUUGCUAUGGAGACCGCGCUGUUGAUCCCCCUCCCCCCGGGGCCGUGUGUGACUCCUUUCGUGACGUCACGCCUGACGUCACCCGGCUCUAUAUGUGCGGGCCGGGCCGGGCCGGCGGGCACCGACCCUUCUGCAGGCACCGAGUACAGACGCAGUAUGGAGCACCUGGAGCCCGGCCCGCGCCCUCGUCCCGCCGCUGGAGCGCCGUGGCCACCGGCUGAGCCCCGACCAAGAGAGCCAUCAUGACCCCCAACUCAACUGUUGUGACCUGCAACGCAACCCUUCCAUUCGUCAACCACUGCCCCACAGUGACCCACUGUGCCCAGAUGGUCCACGACGCCUUCCUGGACCCAGGUAGCCUCUCGUGCAGACCCACCGUGGCUGGCAGGCUCACCAUGACAGCUAAAGUCCUCCUGUGCCUGCUGAAAAGGUGGCUGAAUGCCUGGCAUCUGUUCCCUGCAACCAUGAGGAUGAUGAGGAAAACGAAGGAGAGCUUCCUUCCUGCCUGCUCUGGGCCAACAGGCAGGGAGGGGAGGUUACAAAGGCCCCCUGCUCUGGAUCCCACCUCUGGAAAGGGACAGAAGCUCUGGGAAAACCUGGAGAAAUGUGAUGAUACUCCGGGAGCUGCCUUUAGCUGCCAGGAGACAGACAAACAUCUGGAGAACAGUGGAGAAGGCACUGUGCCAGGCAGAGAAGAAGCCACCAGCCUCCAGGAGAUGAAUAAACAUCUGGAAGAUGCCGGAGAAGGCAGUAUGCUGGCCAGAGAAGAAGCCACUGGCUUCCAGGAAACAGACAAACAUUUGGAGAGGUUGGAAGAUUCUAGAGAAGUCCAGAAGCAACUUCUGGAAAAUCCCCAGCAUUCCCAGGAAGACGGGGAACAUCCUGGGAUGGGUGGGGCAUCCAAAGAGGCCCUCAAGGGUGGUGAAGGAGAUGCCACCAUCUCCUUGCUGAAUGGAACAAAGGAUAAGGAACCCAUCGCCAAGAGCUCACUGGUCCUCUCCUUGUUCUACUGCCCCUCAGAGGAGGAGGAUGGGGAGGAAGAAGAUGGAGGGAGUGACUCAGGUUGGAGCGACACAGAGGAGGAAGAGGAAGCUGACUCAGAAAAUGAGGAGCUGUGGAGAUCUCUGAGCUGUGGGCAUGACCCCUCCAACCCUCUCCACUGUUCCACAAGCAGCAGGGGCCCCAAGGCAGCUCCAGACUCCUGCUGGCCACAGAACCAGGACCAGGUCUCCCACCUAGGCAUGGUACACAGCUUGGAGGCUGGGACAGCCUGUGCCUUCCAGAGCCCCUGGCCUAUGAGAAGAUGGGAGAGCCUCCGCAAGGUGGCCCCUCACUAUUGUGAGCCAGGAUCUAGGAGAGCUGAGGACCCAGUGAUGACUGAGACAGCAUGUGACCAGGAGGGCAACCGGGCUGCCAAGAAGCUGCAGGCCCUGUUGCCACUGGCCAGUUUCAGGGGACGACAUCUGAUGCCCCUGAUUUUCCCCAGGAGAUGGCAGGUUCACUUCUGCCCUGUGGUUACAGUGCACCCGCUGAUAGUCUGGGACUUUGCUAGCCGCACUGCCCGCUGUGGGCCUUGGGAAGAGCUGGCCCGGGAUCGGUGCCGCUUCCGCCAACGCAUCGAACAGGCAGAAGUUGUCUUAGGGCCCUGCCUGGAGCCAGGACACCGUGCCAAAGCCUGGAGGAGGAUCCAUAAGGCCACUGAGAACCCAGGCAUCCAGGAGAACCAAGCUACAUCCUUUCCAUCCUGCUCCACUGCAACAGAGAAUCCAGGCAUGUGGGACCAGCAGGCCACGUCCCUUCCACUCUGCUCCACAGGAAGAGAGAACCCAGGUAUUCAGGAGGGGAGAACAGGGAGGUGCCCAUCCCUCUUGUCUGGAGAAGAGGACCUAGGCAUCCAGAACAGUAGACUGGGAUAGGACACACAUUCCCCUGCCCACCUUGUGUGGUCCAUUCCCCUAGCAACUGAUUCUCCAACCCAACUUUUCCACAACUGACUCCAUCUCCUUCGAGGAGCCAGGACUCCUGGGUCCUGCCUCACCCCUCCAAUACACAAGGCAGGAUCCAGACACCUACCUCAACAGAGCAGAUAGCUACAAGACAGAAUACUGAGCUGGAUCCAGCCUGGCAUUAUAAACAGCUGUUCUCAGUGGCACUGCCCAGCUGCAGUUGCAUCUGAACCAGAUAAGCUCCAAUUGUGCAUGCAUGUGUAUGUGUGAAGAUAUUUCUGAGCCCUUGGGUUCAUCCCAGCUGCUCACCCCCAGAGGGAACUGGACAAAAAGAAUUUUGAUAAAUGUGUGAAAAUUACCCACUUUAAAGGGUUGGGUUUUUUUACUUGUAUUUAUUUGUCCAAAGCACUGACCUGCUGCUUAGAUAUUAUAUAUCAUGUUUUUACUGCUCCACACCUGGUGAAUAAAAAGCUCCUAUUUCA